UCUGUCUCCGUCGCUCAGCGGGAGCGCAGCUGCUGUCUGAACCUCCUCCUCCUGCUGCUCUCAACGCAUCGACUCGGGAGUUGAAGUCCGUGUUUGUGUCGCCGUUGUGUCGGUUUGUGUCCCGAGGAACCCGCGGGAGCUCCGGGACCGGGCGCGGAGCAGCGGAGCCGCGGAACGGGGCGCUUUUCUGGGGUCAGACCUGCAGGCUGGUGCGCAAGCUCAACAUGACGUCUGUAGCGCUCGCGCUGCUGCUCCUCUUCCUCCACGUCUUCGGCCUCCAGUCGGAGCCUGAUGCAGUGCGGCCGCAUUUCACCGGCUGCGUCUCGCACAACAUGGAGACUUUCCUGUGCAGGUGGAGCGCCGGGUCCUUCCAGAACCUCUCAGAACCAAAAGAUUUACGUCUCUUCUUCUUCAACAGAGUGCUUCUCGGCUCCUCAGAGAAAAACUGGAGCGAAUGUCCCCAGUACAGCGCGGAGAGACCAGACGAGUGCUUCUUCAACGAGAACCACACCACAGUCUGGACGUCCUACACGGUCCAGCUGCGCUCCAGGGACCGGGCCGUCCUGUACGACGAGAUCUCCUUCUCCCUGGAAGACAUCUUGCAACCGGACCCUCCGUUCGGCCUCAACUGGACUCUGUUGAACGUCAGCCUAACCGGGUCGCACUUCGACGCCAUGCUGAGCUGGAGGCCUCCGGCGACGGCCGACGUGGAGACGGGAUGGAUAGCGCUGCAGUACGAUGCCCAGUACCGCCAGGCCGGCGCCGAGUGCUGGGAACAGGUGGACCGCCCGGUGAAAACGACGCACCGCUCUCUGUUCGGCCUUGAAACCAACGUCAAGUAUGAGGUCAGAGUUCGCUGCAAAAUGCUGGCAGGGAAGGAGUAUGGAGACUUCAGCGACUCUGUGUUCAUCCACAUCCCAUCUAAAGUUUCCAGAUUCCCAGUUAUGGCUUUGCUCAUCUUUGGAUCGUUGUUUUUAGUGGCCGUCCUGCUGCUGGUCAUCGUUUCACAGCAGGAAAAGUUGAUGUUUAUCCUCUUGCCUCCUGUUCCUGGACCGAAAAUACAAGGAAUCGACCCAAAUCUACUGAAGAAAGGGAAACUGCGAGAGCUCACAUCCAUCCUCACCGGCCCGCCGGACCUCAGGCCAGAGCUCUACAACAACGACCCCUGGGUGGAGUUCAUCGACCUGGACAUUGAGGAGACCAACGACAAGCUGCAGGACGUGGACACGGCCUGCCUGAUGGACCACUCCCUGUCGUCUCCGCACUCCACUGGCUUCAGGGACGACGACUCGGGCCGCUCCAGCUGCUGCGAACCUGAUCUGCUGAACGAGGCCGGCACGUUGCCCGUCCAUCAGGAGGCACCCGCCGUGGAGCAAAGCUCUGCGUUUGUAGCUGCGGAGGGCAGGGAGGCGGCGGCGUAUACGCAGGUCGGCGAGGUCGGGUUGUCUGGGAGCGUUCUGCUGGAGAAAACCACCAUUAAAGAGACAAGCAUGGAGGAGGAGAAGGGUAAGAAACAAGAUGGCGUCUUGGUGAACGCAGAUCAGAGAGACUGCAGCCCUGAAACGAAGCGGUUAGCAGAGCUUCCUGAGUGCGUGGCCCAGCUGCCCGCUGCUCCUGUCUACACUGUGGUGGAAGGUGUGGACAUUCAGAACAGCCUCCUGCUGACAUCAACGCCGGCCCCCAACCCGAUGGGCCCCAAAAUCCCAGCUACGCCCGACGGCUACCUGACCCCCGACCUGCUGGGUAGUGUCACACCGUAAAUCAGCCGGGGAUCGAAUCACCCAGAACUUGUUAAUCUAAGGGAGGUCAAUUCCUGGAGGUGACCCUGGCUCGGUUUCAGCUAGCUUAAAAUAGCUAGGAGGCGACAGCAGGAGCCAGAGGCGUUCGGAGAAACCUGGAUCCAGUGACACUGCUACACCGUAAACCAGCACUGCUAAAUAUCUCUGCUAAGCUGCACCUAUCAGUUCAUGUCAGCGCGUUAGCUAAAACUAACGAAGAUGCUACAGGGAAGAUCCGGAAAUCAAUUCUGCAGAUGGGAAAUCAAAGGGAACAACUACCAGUGGUGGGCAAUUGUUAGCUAGCUAACAAGGUAGUUAGAAAGGUAUGAUUAACUUUAAAGCGCUAAUCACAAACAUUAGUUCUGCUAAUGCUAAAGCGCUAUCUCAUUUAGCAGAAGCCAACAGUAAAUUUAGUUUUUUAGAAUAACUAACAGUAAACUGCUGCAACACUUAGCUUUUUUAAGCUAAGUGGUGCUAAUGCUAAAGUGCUAAGACGCUAACUUCAAAUGUUAAGUUUUUACCCCUUUCAAAAUAAGAGCAUGAAUAUAAUCAUCUAAAUAGUUCAAGCGGUGAAGUAGUUAGACGUUUCGGUUUUUAAACAGCCAAAUUAGCUCUUUAGACUUGAUUGAGGAAAAUGUAUUUAAUGGAAGCUGAGUGCGCUAAAUGUUUUCAAAUUUACAAAAGUGCUAACUGACAAAAUUAGCUUUGCUAUUAGCGGGUUAGCAGUUUAGCAUUAGCAUGCCCACCACUGAAAAAUGCCAUUUUUGCCUCAUUAAUAGAUGAUUUAGAACAAAUGAAGUGAGCCUGAAAUGAUGAGAUUCGUCUGUUCUGGUGGAAUAACGUUAGCACACCCUCUAUAUUCAUCGCUGUGAAGCUUCACUGUCUUAAAAAGCAGGUUUGGAAUCUCAUAAAUAAUCUAGAUUGUGAAAGAAUCCAGUCAAAAAAGGUCAAUAUUGUAUCAAGUUCUGAAAAUCCAGGUGCUCUGUAAUAAUAGAAAUAACUCGACUCUCUUGUCAUAAUUCAGUCUUUUUCCAGUAUUAAUCACCCAGAUUCUUAAUCUCGUCGAGCUCAUCCUCACUUAUUCAACUGUCUUUUUUUUUUUUUUUUCAUAAUCUGUGAAAUGAUAAACAAAAGGGUCAUGCAUUUACUUUUUUAUGUGUUUAAUAUUUUUAUCAUGUUUCACUGUCACAUAUUUUGAUAAUAUUGAUGUUGUUUCAUAUAUGAAGUCCACAGAAGAGGUAAAUAAAUCUGCUUUUCUGGAUUACAACAUCAGCUGGACUGUAAAUUGUUAUCCUUUUAUUUUCAUUAAAUUUUCUCUUGUCAUUUAAAACUGUGAAAUACUUUUUAAAGUUUUUAAUUUUUGGUGUAUUUUUUGCCUUUGUAUUUGAGUAAUUUGUAUUCAUAAAUGACUUCAGAGUUGUAAACCAAAUGUUUACAUCUUUUGUAAAAGUGCACUUGUAUUUUUUCUUCGCGCUGUCUGACAUUAACUAAACUUCCUGUUUUAAGUCGUUUGUGGUUUGAGAAUUCUUCCAGGUGUCAAACUCGAGGCUCAGGGGCCAAAUCCGGCCCGUCAGAAGUUUUAAUGUGGCCCUUUUAUAUUCAAGUGUCCUUAACUAUUAUUUUAUCAGUCAAAUCAGCAAGUUUCUCAGUAUUCAGCCAAAUUAAGUCAAGGUGAAAAUAUAUUUUAUAUUUAACUUUAAGACGUUCUCAUUGAGUGAAAAGAUACUUCAUAUUUUAACAGUUUGUUAGUUUUGUUAGCACAUUCUUUCACAACUGGCCCUUUAAAAAUAUAAAGUUAGUUUCAUUUAAUGUCAGAAAUAGAAGGUUGUAUUUCUUUUAACAAUAAUUCAGCUACAUGUAUUAAGUCUGUUUAGUUUUCUGUAAGAAGUUACCUGAAUGAUGAGCAAUUACUGGAAAACUGGAGGAAACAUUUAGCACAUGUUCAAGGAAGUGGACUGAUAAAAUGAAUUUAAUUGUAAUUUUCCUUGCAUGCUGUUUUUUUUCCUGAAGUGAAUGCUUGGAUAGUCACUGGAAAACUUUCCAGACAUUUGUGGAUCCGUCUCUUUGUCAGCAUCUAUAAAGGUAAAUAGAUUCUUUUCCUCCAAUAAUAUGGGUCAUAAUAAAUGUAAAAAUCAUAUGCAAUUUUAUAAAGUUACACAUUAAACAACAUUUCAACAACUGAA